CACAGUCCUGCUACAGUCCACAGCUCUCUCUCCUCGUGUUCUCUCUUGACCAGCAGACAGUCAGCCAUCAUGUUUUACAGCCAGAGCAUCAGCAGCGGCCCCCAGAUGGCGAGGCAGAGCCGCAGCUACACGACGAGUGCGGCGCCACACAAGGCUCACAGUGUGUCCGGGUACGGCUUCAGAGGGAACCCGCGCAUUUCCUCUUCAAGCGUGCGCACCCUCUCCUCCGGGUAUGGAGGCGGCAUGGGAGGCGGCAUGGGUGGUGGGUUCGAACUGUCCAACGCGCUGGACCAGGGCACCGGGCACCUGAACGAGAAGGCCACCAUGCAGAACCUCAACGACCGUCUGGCCAGCUACCUGGAGAAGGUCCGCUCUCUGGAGGCGGCCAACUCCAAGCUGGAGGUGCAGAUCAGAGAGUACUACGAGCAGAAGGGGCCUGCAGCGGAGAAGGACUUCAGCCACUACUGGGCCAUCGUCAAUGACCUGAAGGACAAGAUUGCCGGCGCCACCAUCGGCAAUGCCAACAUCCUGCUCCAGAUUGACAACUCCAAACUGGCUGCUGAUGACUUCAGAACCAAAUUCGAGCAUGAGCUGAUGAUGCGCCAGUCGGUUGAGGCCGACAUUGGAAACCUGAGGCGUCUGCUGGACCAGACCACCCUGACAAAGGCCGACCUGGAGAUGCAGAUCGAGGGCCUGCAGGAUGAGCUGGCCUACCUCAAGAGGAACCACGCAGAGGAGCUGGCAGCAAUGCGCUCUCAGCUUACUGGCACAAUCAACGUGGAGGUAGAUGCCGCACCCCAGCAAGACCUCAACAAAGUCCUGGAGGAGAUCCGUGCCCAGUACGAAGCCAUCACCGACAAACACCGACGCGACCAGGAGUGCUGGUUUAAUGAGAAGUCGACAACCCUCUCCAAGGAGGCGGCCAGCAGCACGGAGACGAUCCAGACGUCCAAGACGGAGGUCAACGACCUGCGGCGCACAAUGCAGGGCCUGGAGAUCGAGCUGCAGUCUCAGCUCAGCAUGAAAGGGGCCCUGGAGAACACGCUGGGGGACACGGACGCUCGGUACGGCGCCAUGCUCGGCGCCUUCCAGAACACGAUCAACAUGCUCGAGGUCGACCUCGUCAACGUGCGCGGGAGCAUCGAGCAGCAGGGCCAGGAGUACAAGAUGCUGCUGGACAUCAAGACCAGGCUGGAGCAGGAGAUCUCCACGUACAGGAGCCUGCUGGACACAGAAGAGUCCAGGAGGCUCGAAGACCAUCACAACCACCACUGUGCGCAGUUCCAGUUAAGAGGUCCAGCUGGCAGGACAAGCUGUACUCUGACUCACACGCACACACACACACGCACACACUAAUCAAAUAUAAAACACGAGAUGAGUGAAUCUGUACUGCAAGAAACUGAGAUGUGUUGAAAGUGAAGCCCGUGUUAAAGUCUACAAUUUAAAUUUGCAAUUUAAAAGAAAAAACUGUGUGUGUGUGUUUAUGUGUUCGUGUGACCUGUCUGAAAAAUAAAAUCUGCUGGUGAACACACA